AUGGUAUGUACAAUUCAGUUCAAUCCGGGCCCCCAUACUCAGUGUAGAACACAGUCGGGAAAGGAGCAGGCUCGUCAUGCUAACUGCCACACGGACGUGAAGAAAGAUUGCAGAAUCAGUGACACUGAGCUUCUCUCUCCGGUCGUCAUAAGCGCGCAUGUCAACUAUCUACCUACGGAAAUUCUUCUUGUGAUCUUCCGCCUCGUAGAAGCGUCCUCCCUCGGCGGUGCUAGCAACUUGCCCUACGUCUGCCAGAGAUGGAUGGAGGUGGUCGCGAUGGACCCCGCCUGCUGGAGGCUACUAACGGUCUGGCCAGAUAAACCUGAGCUGUUUGUAAUCCCUGUGGUCCGCGCGUUCUUUGAUGCCACCCGCGACAGCCGUAUCUCCAUCCAAAUCCUCGCCGACCAUCGCGUUACCCCUACCAUCACUGUUGCUGAAGAACACGAUCGCAUUCGACAAGUCAUGGAAUAUGCACAGCCACAUUUCCAGAGGCUUGAAGCAUUACAUAUCAAGACUGCUUACCGUUCUUCUGUGGUCGUCGUCAGCCAGUACCUGAACAAAGCCUCUUUGGGCAAGUUGCGUUGGCUUGGACUCGAUUCCUGGAACGUGGAUAGUACCGCGCCUCUUCUCAUCACUUCAGUCAACCUUUCGAAGGUCGACGUUCUGAGGAUUGAUGCAAAAAGCUUUGGGGAUCUCUGUCGCGCCGACAUAUUGUGGCCUCCAAUUGGCGUAAGGCACGAAGAUGACGGGUCGACGUAUAACAUACAGCUCCACCUCUACAUCACCAGAUACCAUCCCGCCGAGCCCUCACAUCUCAUGUCUGCCCUCGACCUCCUGAUCCCGCUGAGCCUCCUCAAUGAAAAAGUGAACAUCAGACCUACGAUUUUCGACGUCGCCUUUGAUCCCCAGUCUUUCGAAUGGUGCUCACGCGUUGAGACCCCGCUGCACUUCGAAUCCGCGGAUCUUGCUGAUAUGGACGGGCCGUUCAUCCCUACAUUCUUCCGUUGUGUCUCCCAGCCUCUCGGACACUUAACUCUGAGGCGGUGCGAGAUUUUGCCAGAUACCAAUAUCAGAAGCCGUUUUAUCCGUCUUAAAGGAAUCGCCUCAGCCUCCUCGAUGCUCAACGUACUAAAGACCUGGAACGGACAAAACCUGGGCAUUACCGACUGCCCGGGCUUCAACGACGAGGUUUUGCGGGACUUGACGGACGGCAAUCCCGCGUGUUACCAACACCUCCGGGCACUAUUGGUAACAGGUGCGACAUAUACUGCAGAGGCGUUCAAGUGCAUGGUAGAAAGGCGAUAUCCUGCAGGGCCUCCAUCGACUCAGGAACGUUGGUCCAUUGACGUCAAGAAUGGUCCGGAGCUGACGGCGGAGUUGAGGAGCUGGUUCGAGGCGCGCGUACCCUCGUUCAGUUGGAGUUCAUGA